UGGGGGCUCAAAGGUGAUGGCCUUCGCGUGAUCACAUUGUCUUCGGCAGAGCCAUAUGUCCAUCGAAAAGACACAUCGUCGAUCUCUCGCUGCAUCCCUCUCUGCUUGUCCCUCCCCAACCUCCAUCUCCCACCUUAGAAACCUUGUACGGGAUCCUCGCCGUCGUCCAUCUUUCCUCUGUCCUUUUGUUUUGUCAGUCUGUUUCUGUUCUCGUCGCUGCCCGAUGUUAUAAAAGGAGGACCUGCGCGCAACACUUGGAGCAAAUAUUAACCGAGAACGAUGCCUUCAUCACUGGCCCAGUGGCUCUGCCUCGUGGCCGUGAUCUGGCUCCAGACCAUCGCUGGGACGAACACCAACUUCCCGGCAUACUCCUCGCAGCUCAAGCAAGUCCUCUCCAUCUCCCAGGUCCAGCUCAACAACCUCGCCUUCGCCUCCGACGCGGGCAAGCUGUUGGUGUGGUUCUCGGGGAUCGCUGCGGUGUACCUCCCGCUCUGGCUCGUCCUCCUGGUGGGCGCGUUGCUUGGGCUUGCCGGGAACGGCAUCCAGUACCUCUUCGUGGCUGGCAAGGUCGCCUCGGUCUCGUACCCCGGGAUGUUUCUCCUUGCCGUCCUCGCCGGGAAAAGCAUCUGCUGGAUCAACACGGUGUGCUACGUGGUCGCGAUCGACAACUUCCCACUUCACCGCCAGCUCGCUGUCGGGCUCACCACCAUCUACCAAGGGCUGAGCACCAGUGUCUACACGGAUAUAGUUGACGCCGCACUCAACAAGCGCGGCGGGACUGGGGCUAGAGCUAAAGCAUAUCUGCUUCUCAACUCAGUCCUGCCAAUGGCCCAGAAAGUACGUGGUGUCGAGACCGGCAUCAAUGGCGGUACUGAUGGCACCGAUGGUCGGUGCCUACUUCCUGCUCCUCAGCCCUGCCAUGGCGGCGCUCUACGUGAGCACCGCCGUCAUCGGCAUCUGCACUGGGCCAUCACGUCCAUCUCCGUGGCGACCACCACCGAGCUCUUCGGGACCAAGAACUUCGGCGUGAACCACAACAUCCUUGUCACCAACAUCCCGAUUGGGUCCUUCGUCUUUGGAUACGCCGCGGCGUUGCUCUACCGCAGCCAGCGAGGCGGCGACGGGAAGUGCAUGGGGAUGGAGUGUUAUAGCACGACGUUUGUCAUCUUGGUUCACGCCGAAGUUCUUGGUCCCGAAGAGCUCGGUGGUGGUUGCCACGGAGAUGGACGUGAUGGCCCCAGUGCAGAUGCCGAUGAUGGCGGUGCUCUAGUACCACAACAUCCUUGUCACCAACAUCCCGAUUGGGUCCUUUGUCUUCGGAUACGCCGCGACGUUGCUCUACCGCAGCCGGCGAGGCGGCGACGGGAAGUGCAUGGGGAUGGAGUGUUAUAG